AUGCCCUAUGGCCCUCCGGCCGCGGCCGCCAACAGCCCAGCCGCAACUGUAAACUGGUCCACCUUCCGCAUGCUAUGCCACCUCGCCGUGUCCCCUAAGCUAGACCGGUUUCUUCGACAAUCCCCCUAUAGUGUCCUAUCUUCCGAGAUCUCGCGUUUGACCGAGCGUGGCGACGACCAUGAUUUAGGCUUUUCUGGUCUCGAGCUACUCCCUGCCUACUAA